GGAGUUGUGAAGAGGUGUCGGGAUGAGAAGUCUUGUGUGUAUCUGCGUAAGCGAGUAAAAGGGAGAUAUGGAUGAUUCCUGAGGAUUAGAAAAAGGCUGCCUAAGAUGUGUUGAUCAGAUCGAAGAAUUAUUAGAGACGAGAGAUAAAAAGAAAAAGAAAAGAUGUUUCCGUUGAAAACAAGAAGAACACUGAAAAGGCAUCGUGAAGAUCAGUUGCUCUUGCUGCCAGACGAUGUUGUAGAGCGGAUACUUGAGAGACUUCCCAUAAAAUCUCUGCUUAGAUUCAGAACCGUGUCCAAGAAACUGAAAUCUGCAAUCGAUUCCAGACGUUUCCAGGAAAGACAACAGUUGAUCCAUAUGUCACGAGGCUGUCCAGAUGUCCUUUUCGUGGCCACUAAUGUUUAUGAUGAUGAUGGGCGUCUCGUCAAAAGAGAUGUUGAUGCUCGAAGAAGAUUUGUGUUUGGAUCAUCAUCUGCUUAUACCGUCCAUGUGCCUACUAAUUGGGUGGGAAGUUCGGUCUGUCAUAGUUCUUGCGACGGUCUAUUAUGCCUCUACUCUAUCUACAAAUCGAGUGUCUGCGUCCUGAUGAAUCCCGCCACUAGAUGGCAUCGAACUUUCCCUCCCUCCAACAUUCAAAACCUCUUACUCCACAGGUCGAAGAAAAGAAUGUUUGGCAGCCCAACUCCUAAGCUUGGUUUCGGUAAAGACAAACUCACCGGCACUUACAAGCCUGUUUUUCUAACCAACUCAUCCGGUUUUGGCCUAGACAACGUAACCACUUGCGAAGUUUUCGAUUUUACCACUCAACUCUGGAGGUACGUUCACCCUGCGUCUCCCUUUACCACUAAUCCUCACACCGAUCCCGUUUAUUUAGAUGGCUCCCUUUACUGGCUCACCGAUUGUAAAGAAGAACCCAAGGUUUUGUCUUUUGAUCUUCACACUGAAACUUUUCAUGUCAUCUGUAAUGCUCCCUUUACCCAUGUUCUUGACCCUUUUUCCGUCACCAUCUGCGUCCUCGACAAUCGCCUUUGCGUUUCCAAGAAAGACUGGCCUACCCAAGACCUAUGGUCCUUCCAAUAUUCCAACAACUACAAGACGUGGAAGAAAAUGUGUUCCAUUCAUCUCACUCAAAUUUCUUCUUGGCUUGGGGACCCUUUUUCUUUGCUUGAUGAACCACAGUUCCCUCUGUCACCAAUUGCAAUUCUGGACAAGCACAAGUUGCUUCUGCAAGGUGGUGAUUACGGUGGCGCCAUCUUUACACUUGAUCUUCUUACCAACUCUUAUCAUUUGCUCUUCAAGCCUACCUAUUCCCCUAUUUCCGUUUGUUAUUCCCAAUCUUUGUUUUCCGUUUAAUUUGUUUUUUUUUUUCUGUCUUGUUUUACUUCUUAUGAUAUUGUAUCCUUCACAACUAAUUAUCCCACUGUAGCAUUCAAGCUUACCACUCAAUUC